AUGGACCACCUCUUCCUCUACGCCAGCACCACGACCUCCCAACAAGCCACGGCGCUUGCGGGGGAGCUCGUGCACAGCAGCGAUGGGGAAGCCGAGGAUGCUGACGAGGGCGCCUCUGCACACGACGUGCUAGGCCAUCGCAGCAGCGCCGCUGUCGACGCCAUCCGGCAGCAGAUCGCCCAGGCCUCUUCCAAGCACAUCGUCACCUGUGGACCAUGUGCGCUUGGCAAGAGCACGCGCGCCUCCAUCCCGAAGCAGUCUGCUCCACGCAGCGCUGGGCCAUGCCAGCUGCUCUACGCCGACAUCGCCGGUCCGCUGGAGGAGACGUCGCUGCGAGGUGCACGCUACGCGCUGACCUUCAUCGACGACUGCACGCGUUUCGCCUGGACGUUUCUCAUCCGGCACAAGAACGACGUCGGUGCGGCCCUGGAGCAGCUGCGCAAGGACCGUCACGUCAUCAACGCGCUCCGAGGCGCCACGCUGCAGACGGACAGCGACGCCGUCUUCAAGAGCCAGGACUUCACCGACCUGUGCGUGGCCUUCGACAUCAAGCAGCGCUUCUCGCCACCGCACUCGCAGGCCAAGAACGGAUCCGCGGAGCGCACCUUCCGCACCCUCUUCGAGACGGCGCGUACGAUGCUGUUUGCUGCGGACCUGGACAAGCCGUUCUGGGGCUUCGCCGUGCAGCACGCCACGCUGCUGCACAACAUCGCUCCACGCAGGAGCCUCAAGGACAAGUCACCGUUCGAGGCCCUGACUGGGCACCCCUUUGACGUCAGCCUGCUGCGCGUCUUCGGCUCGCCGGCCUACGUGCAUGUGGAGAAGAGCAGCACGCGGCACAAGCUUGACCCACGCUCACGCGUCGGCGUCUACGUCGGCUUCGCCGAGGAGGACCAGGCGCACGUCGUCUGGAUGCCGGACACGCGACGCGUUGUCCACACCAUCCACGCUCGCUUCGGCGCCAUCAAGAACAAGGACGUCGCCUCCUCUCAGCAGCAGCAAGAGCAGGACAACAGCGGUGCCUCUGCUUCGCAUGCCAACAAUACCGCUCAGCGUUCGACCGAGGACAGUGCCACCGGCGCUCCCACUGCACCACGUGCGGGGGAGCCGCAGCUCCAGCCACGCGCCCUUGGCGGUUCCGUCUGGGACCAGCUGCUGUUGUCCGAGACCCUCGGCGAUAAGGACACCUCUGGUGGCUCAACCACCACGUGUCACGUUGCCACCAGCGCUGCUGGUACGGGGGAGAAGACAUCAGCAGUGGGUGGUCAUCUACCAGACAUCGCUGCUGACAGUGCUGUCACGUCAGCUGAGCCAGCCACCGUCAAGGAGGCGCUUGCCUCGCCAGACUCUGAGGAGUGCGCCAAGCCAUCCUGA